AUGGCUUCGCAACCCGUUCCCACCGCCUGCAUGGACCAGAGCCAAAACCGGCAUUCCACAAUCUUGCAUGGGCGAAUCGCACUACACGACAAGCGGCCGCAGUGGGGCAUCCGUCAGCCCAUGUACUCUGCUUGCAAAUUGACUACUGGUAAUACGGAGGACAAGCAUGCAUUAUUCUUGAUCCUUGUAUUGUCCACCGGUCUUGCGCAUCCGACCCGCAUCUGCCAAUCAUGUGCCACCUCCUCUCCACCGCCUACUAGUCUCUUGCACACCACCAGCUCUUCGACUUCGUAUCUCUUCAACCAUAUCGACUUUGCUUUCUUCGACCAGCCCUUAGUCUCGACACACGCACCCCCCACGACUCGACGACCCCCCCAUCUCGCCCCUCGCUCGGCCCUGUUCGACUUUAUCCUUUGCGACAAAAUAUAA